AUGAGGGCCAUUGAUGGAUCUUUAUUGAACCGUUCCCCGAGCCAACAGUGCUCACAAACACGCAGAGAUUUCCAGCCAUGGUGGACAGUGGAUUUGAGCGCAACAUUCAUUGUGUCCUCAGUGGCGAUCACAAAUCGAGGCGACUGUUGCAAAGAGAGGAUCAAUGGUGCAGAGAUUCGGAUUGGGAACUCACCAGAGCUUGGUGGGACACUGAAUCCCAGAUGUGCUACAGUUGAGUCCAUGGAGCUUGGGCAAACACUCUCAUUUGACUGUCAUGGAAUGCAAGGGCGUUAUGUGACUGUGACCAUCCCAAGGCGAGCUGAGUACCUGACUCUGUGUGAAGUGCAGGUGUUUGGUCUGCCAUUGAUUUUCCCUGGUGAAACACUCCGAGCACAAAAGACAACAACAGGAGUCCCAAAUGUAGCACCACAUGGUAUUGCCUCCCAGUCCAGCAUAUAUAUGUACUCCUAUAAGGCUCAGAAUGCUAACGAUGGCUCUUUAUCUGCCGACGUUUUGGUGGGACAGUGUACCCACACACGUAAAGAGUGGUCACCCUGGUGGAGGCUGGAUUUGAAAUCAGAGCAUAAAAUCUUCUCUGUUGCACUAACAAACCGAGGAGACUGUUGCAAGAGUCGGAUAAACAGUGCUGAGAUCCGGAUUGGGAACUCUAACAAACAAGGUGGAAUAAAGAAUCCAAGAUGUGGGACAGUUUUCCGCAUGGAUUAUGAGGAAACCCUCUCAUUUGACUGUGAAGGAAUGCAAGGGCGGUAUGUGACAGUGACCAUUCCCGGGCGAGCUGAAUACCUCAGUCUGUGUGAAGUGCAGGUCUUUGGUCUGCCCGUGAGUCCUUUAACUUCCACCACAGACUCCCCUUUGCCCUCAAAGGGGAGAAAAGGCUCACGUCUCCUUGGCAAAGCCUUUAUUUUCCCAGAAGAAACAGACACUAGCUAUGUUGUCCUGUCUCCAGCACAGCCCUUGAGUCUUGGAGCAUUCACACUUUGCAUGAAAGUGGCCUCAGAGUUACCGCCCAAUCGGGAAAUCAUUCUUUUCUCCUACCGCACCAAGUACUAUGACGAACUCAAUGUGUGGCAAGAGUUUAAUGGCACCUUUAGUUUGUACCUGAGUGGUCCUGGAGUGCACUUCACCCUCCCCAAACUCAACACCUUUGGGAGUCACAUGUGUGUGACCUGGGAAUCCAAAUCUGGUCUCACAGCCUUUUGGGUAAAUGGUAAAAGGAGUUUAAGAAAAGUGCUGAGACCAGGGCAUAGGAUCCAACCACAGGGCAUUGUCAUGUUGGGGCAAGAUCCGGACACAUUCUGGGGCAGCUUUGAGAAGGCCCAAAGCUUUGUGGGAGAAAUAAGUGACCUUUAUAUGUGGGACCAUGUCUUAUCACCCUCCAUUAUCCAGAAUGUUUACCUGGACCACUCAUUUCCCAAGGGAAAUAUUUUUGAUUGGAAAUCAUUAUCAUAUAAGUGUACGGGAAAUGUGAUUGUGCCAUCCAAACUGUAA